GGGGCAGGCCCUGGGGCGGCAGCGGCGGCGGUGGGGACCUCCUGCUUGUCCCUGGCUCCGUCUCUCUCUCCUCUUCCUCGGUCCUGUCCCCCCAAGGUUGCGGCCACCCGGACUAGGCGAGGACGCGGCUACACAUGUUGCGCUGGAAGUUGGGCCGCGGACAUUGCGGAGGCUGUCGGGGUGUCCUCCCGGCGGCCCCGACCCCGUGGGGAUCCCCUCUCCGCCCACCUGGGGUCCCACCCCUCCUCGGCCGCCUCAGCCCCGGCUCCUCCCUCCGUCCAUGUGUCCGGUCCCGCCUCCCCCUGGCUCACUCACAACCCCCCCACACUGCUUUGUGCCCUCAGCGCCCCCCCCACCCCCACCCCCUCCGUGUCUGUCUGUCUGUCUGUGUGGGUCACCUCUGAAGCCGUUGGCUGGCGUGCGUGCGUGUGUGUGUGUGUGUGUGUGUGUGUGUAUCAGGGAGGCUGCCAGUCUGGGGAACUGCUUGUCCCUUCCUCACUUGGCCACCUCCAGACCCCCCCCCCUCAGCACCCCCACUCUCAAACCCAGGCAGAAACACACACAAACACACACACACACACACACACACACAACCUCACUUCCCUGGGUUUCCCCCUCAACACCCCCGGAGCUUGAGGAGGGAGACACACACACACACACACACACAGGGGGUGUGCAAUGGGGGCCGGGCCGCUGCUGCUGUCCGCGGAUGUUUGGACAGACAGGAGGACACUGGCAGCUGGGGACACCCAGACGCCCAGCCAGAUGCAGGCGGGAGGCACGGAACCCAGCUUCUCCCCCUUUGGAGGCCUGAGGACCAGGAGAACGUUCCCCACCUCAGUCUCGGCCGCUGGCUCCCAGGGCCAGGCCAGCAAAGUAGGUCUCUAUCAGGAUGCCAGGAUCCAGGUCCCCGCACCCCAACUCCCUCAGAUCCAGGCCCCCAGCCCCUCCUGCCUUAGACCCAUGACCCCCUCCUCCCUCAGACCAAUGCCCCAGCCCCCUCCUCCCUCAGACUCAGAAGUCAAGGCCUCCAGCCCCUCCUACCCCUUCCUUGGGAUUUCUGGUCUCAGCUUCAACCACCCUGUGGCUCAAGCAUCCUGGCCCCAGGAGUCUAGAUCCAUGAUACCCUCUUCCUUCUGGAACCCACAAAUUCAGGCCUUAAGACUUUUUUUUUCCAGCAGCGUGAGCCUUUCCCCCUGGCUUCCUGACCUCGGUGAUGGAGGAAACAGGAGCCCAUCUAGCAUGCUCCGGGGCGAAAGUCAGACCCCAAACUAGCCUCAGGAACCCACACCUGGGUUUCAGCCCCUGCCCCAAGAUUGCUCCCCCAAGCUCCCCUCUCCCAGCCUUGGCCCUCAGAGGCCAACUCUCCUGUGUCCCACUGCUCCGCGGGACUGGUUUUACAUGUGCUGGGCUGGGUCCUAGUGGGACACGCAGGAGCUGAGCAGCUGGACUUGGGGGACCCUCAGGGGGCCUGGGCUGUGGUCUGCAGUCCUGUGUCCACGUAGGGCAGAUGCUGUGGUCCUUCUGGGUGUUUGAGUACCCAUGGGUGGUGGAGGCCGGGGCCUCUCGGUGAAAGAAGGGGUGCAGAGCUAUUGGCUUCCUCAGAGGGCUGGAUGGCCUGGGUGCCUGAGGAUGACAUCCCUGAGUCUGGAGCUGGUGGGUCCCUUAGAGUGGUUUGUCCUGGGGGUCAGGAUGCCUCAGUGCUUAAAAGGGGCUCAGGCUUGGAGGAGGAGGCCCACAUUCCUGGGUCUGAGGGAGGAGGGGGGCCUGGGUCUGAGGGAGGAGGGGCUGGGGACCCAAUUUCUCGCCUCGUGGGUGCAUUGGAGCUGUAGGCUCCUGAAAGGGGCAGACCGGCUGACCAGCCUCGGGUCUCUGCCCGGGAUCUUAAAGCUCGAGGCCCGACUCAUGAGUCCCUCUCAGGGACAGUGGCCGGGCGGCUGGAUGUGCCCUUUCCAGAGAGCCAGACUGCCGGGGGGAACCGCCGCCGGAUUCGGGAGUUUCAGAUCUCGGCGACCCCGC